AUGUCUGACAUACGAGCUGUGCAGGACUGUCAGAGACUAGGGUCUACACACGUGACAACUGAUCUCAGCAUUGCAGAUAUCGUCUUCUCUUCUCGUUCGCCUAUCUGUUUUACAGCGCUCCGGACGCUGAAGAUCGUCAGAGGGAACCCGACACUGACACUCUUCAAGCCGGGCACUAGGGCGGAAUGUGCCAUCAUCUCUGCCCUGGAGCUGUGCCCGUUUCUCACAGAGCUGAGCCUCGACGUAGAGUCCCUGUCGGCGAACUACUUGGACUCUCUGGAAGGGCUCGGCCGGCUGGAGGUUCUGAGAAUCCACUGCCGCAGUCUGAACGACCUGACGUUCCUACGGCACUGCUCGGAUAAACUGGAGGAACUGGAACUGGAAAGUUGCGACGACUUGCCGUCGGCUGCGUACGCGGAGCUCCGCCACCUAGGGAAACUGCAGAUGUUGCGGCUGUGCGACUGCCGUGUGGGGGGAGCGGAUAUGGAGGUGGCCGCGGCAGGUCUGAGGUCUCUUGAGAAGCUGCAGUUGGACCGUUGCGGAAUGCUCUCGGACCUGUCCUUCUUGCGGUUCUGCAGCCAGCUGCGGGAGCUCCGCGUCGAGGCCGAGGACGUGGUGCUGACGGGUCUGAAGCACCUGCCCACCGGACUCCGCUCGCUCUGCCUCGUCAACAACGCUCUGACUGGUGAUGAACUCUCCGAGGUGCUCCCGUUCCUGCGGCUGCUCGAGGAACUGAACCUCUGCAACACGGAGCUGGUCCAACUGGGCUUCCUCCGCUACUGUCGCAGACUGCGCCGCCUCUGCCUCAAGAACUCUACCUGGCCCGACACGUCGGAACUGUCGAGCCCGUGCAAUUUGACGCGGCUCGAGACGUUGGUCCGAGAAGGUGCGGGGACGAUGUGGACGUACUCUCCGGAACGGUGUCGUCACUGCCGCGACUGGACACUCUGUCGCUGGCCUACGUACAGGACGCCGCCGGGAGGUCCCUCAGCCAGUGGUCGCAACGUCGCGCUUUGUUGCUUUUCUGAGUUUACGGGUUGGAGGUGGAUGCCCGUUGGGAACUUGAACACCUGA